UUAUUGUCCUAACUCUGAUUGUCCAAAUUCUUAUUGCUCUAAUUUUUACUACUAUUUAAUAGAAGUUAUAAAAACUUUUAAAAUUUUAAAACAAGUGAAAGUGAUGGGCAUUUUUCACAGUAAUGGACCGGGUUUUUUGGAUAGUAAGAGAGUGCGGUAAGACUUGAGGUCUCGCGUGUUCGGCUCCCUCCUCGGCCGGCUGAGGCUCCGGCUGCGAGGGCGCUUACCGCCCGUUCCUCCCGUGAGGCAGUGCGGUGGACAGCUCCGCCCCCCGGCGGCGGUGCCGCGUGUGGCGCUCAUGCGCGCUGCGGCGCGCCCCCACCGCGCAUGCGCCGGCGGGGCACACGAGCUCCGCGGAUCCGCCGGCGCGCGGCCGUUAUGGCCAAGCGGCGCGCGGAGCCGCUGGUGUGCCACGUGCCCGCGAAGCGGCCGCUGCGGGACCCAGCGCUGCCCCGCGCGGGCGAGCGGCGUCCCCGGGCAGAGCCGGGCUGCGCGGCCCCGGCCGCGCUCAAGCGCCCGCUGGAGGAGGCGGAGGCGCCGCCGGGAAAGCGGCUCGGGCCCGGCGCCCCCCGUGCGCAGCCGGGGGACGCGGGCGGCGGGCGGCGGCGGCGCGGCGGGACUGUGGCGCCCCAGGACGCGCCGGCGGCGGAGGGACGCGCGGGCGGCCGGGGCAAAGAGCGGGCCGCCGCCGCCACCGCCGAGCAAGAAGAAGAAUUCUGUCAAUAUAACUCAUUCCUGUACUGGAGACCACCACUGCCUGCUAUUGAUUUGUCUGAUAUUCAGAACCUAGAUGAAGAGACUCCAUCGAGUGCUAAAACUGCUGCAAGGACUGAUACUGCAGAGACUGAAAUGGAAACCUGAUCAGUUGUUUCAUAGCUGUGCGUCUACUCCCAGGAAACUUGUUUCCAUUGAGAUUUGGGUUUUGUUCCUUGGGUGAAUAAUAAGCCUGCUUAUAUGGUCUUGGAGAAACUGUUGUGGCAGUCUUCAAAAGCAAAUCUGAGUUGCCUUAGUGGAUGGGAUAAACGGUAUUGGGUACUUAACAGGAAGCUGUCUGAAGGUGGGUAGUAAGGAGAAGCCAACAGUGUAGCAAGAACACGUGAAGACAUGGAGGCAGACUAAAAGAAGAAUAUAGAAAACUAUACUUUGGGAUGCAAUUAAAAGAAAUGGGGAUAUGUUACAUGUCAAAAGGAAAUGCAAAAUCAUUUUGUCUGUCCUGAACAAAAAUUACGUGGUACGUGAAAGUGAAAUAUUUAAUGUGUGAAUUUAUCAUAAAGCACACAAGCUCUAGUGAUUUCUAAUGUGGUUUUUUUUUUUCUGUAUAAUAGCUAAACCAAAAAAUAAGAGUCCAUCAAAAUUGGACAAAGCAUUCCCUUUUCUAUGCAAACCAGAAACCAAGUGUGGCAGGGAAGGGGAAGGAAAGGGGGCUACUUUCUGCUGAAAGCUGCUGCUGUUCUGAAAGGUUUCACAUUCUCAUUGAGAAAAAGUUUUUUCACCUUCUCUUUUUCACAUUACGGACAGCAGUGGGCACCCAGUUUUUUAUGUUUUUGGUUCAUUCUAAAGUUAUUGCUAUUCUUAGUCUUUGUGAAGUUGCUCUGAACUAGUAGAUAGCAUCUGAAUGACAAGUUUGGGCAGAUAUGUCAAGGAAUGUUAGUGCAAUAUAAAAUGACCACACACACUCUUUCAAACUAUACUGAAUGAGGUGUAGUUUUUGCAGAGACUGUGAAUCUUGCAGAAAGUUUUUGCAGAAGCUCAUUCUAAUAGUAUUUUUUUGCUGUGAAUUAUGAACUUAAUGUUUGUGAUUUGCAAUUUAUUUACAAAUUGAAGUACAAUUAGAAAGACAUCUUUAAUAAUAGACUGAAGUGGUAUGGGAAGACUUACAUUUUGGAAUACGAUUUGUCUUUAAAGAUAGAAAACAUUGUAUUUUUUCUGUAAUUACUAUUGGAAAAGGCAACUUUUGAAUUUUAUUUUUUUCUAAUACUGUGUUUGUUAAAGGACAAUAAAGUUUUGCCUGUGUGUAUCUGAAAACUUUGGCACUAUUACUAUGUGAAGUUCUUGUCUUGAUUUCAUAAGAUUGCUGCUUCUGUAUAUUUAUUGAUUUAUUAGGUCUUUUUGCUUAAAAUAGUGAUCUUGUCAGCUUCCUUGGUAAACACUUGGAAACUUUUUGGAAUUUGUGCUGCCUAGGUAUCUGUAUUUGUUGCUUCUUCAUUUAGCUUGUUGAGAUCUCUGAAUACUUUCUGAAGAAAGGGGGUGGCUUAGGGACUUAAGCAGUUCAAGGUGCCUCUUUGGAUAUCCUUCUGCUUUCUAUCAGAUUAGUUGGAUACAUAUUUGGACAAUAUGUAUUUUUCUCAGACAGUUUUAACAUUUUGUUUAAGUCCAAAUACACCAACUUGUCUUAGGAGGUACUUUGAAAUUUUUCUAAAAAACAAACUCCUUUUCUGGCAAGAAGGCUAUGAAACUGCUAUUUCAUGUUUACUAUAACAAAAAUAAAUUAGUGGAAAAAAAUAGAUCUAUUAAUUUGUUGAAGUGUUUGAAUUGGUUAUAUGAUCCAUGUUUUGACCCUAUAUAGUACAUGCGUUCCUGUGAGUUUUAUAAUAAUUUCAGACCAUCCAGUGUUCUCAAGAUCCAGUAUUUUACAUUAUUAGCUAGUAUCUUUGCAACACACUGCUCACUUAAAAUCUGCUUGAUGCCUCACUCACAGUAGAUACAUCCUAGCAAUAGCCUGCAUUUUAUUACUAAAAUCUGUCAUUCCACUCUGUUCAUGGGACAGAAGAUGUUUUAUUAUGGUCUUUCGAAUACAUGUUUGAUCUAUCCCAUAAUCAGAUAAAUAGGUCCUUUACAACAAAUUAAGCUUGCAGUGUGCUGUAAGCCAUAUGUUUACUUCAUUUGCAAUUGUGCUGUCGGCAAGCACUUUCCUCAUAAUUUGUUCCAGUUGUGGACUCUGUUGCAGGCUGGAAUGUUAUGGCUACUUUUAGAAUGUUUCCUGAGCUGAUUCAUUUUUUCCAUUCAUCUCUUUGCAAAUAGAGGUAAAUUUAAAAGCCUUGGAAAACUAUUUGAAAUUACUCUUGAGAGUCUGGGUUAUACAAAAGGCUGGGGCAGUAACGGGGAGUGAUGACAAAUACAUAAAUUUUGCAUUAGAGCUGACAAAAGGCAUGAUAACUUGGAUUUCUCAGUGUCUGGUGUCUCCAGAUGCCAUAUGACACUGAACUACCAAAUUGCUGGUCUUGACUUCUAACCCCAUUUUUCUAGAGGCUUUUCAUUCAAAAGCUGCAUAUAAACUCUAUGUAAGCUUAAAAGUUUUAAUUUGCAUAUACAUUAGCAUCCAAUGAAAAGAAAAUGUUUUAAGAUAAAGAAAUGUUUUAAUAUAAUGUUUUUAGAUAAAGAAAUGCCAUCACACAUCAAAGCAAUCUGGUAGCUGCAUACUGACUGACACUUUUAAUUUGGUAUGGUUUUAAAUUUCAGAAUAAAAAAUUAAUUUAUAUUUUCUAUAGUUAAGUGGGAGUUUGGUAUUCUCUAAAAUACUUUUCUCUAAAAGGAAAAACCAGUGUUACAAGCUUAAGAACUUGUAAGGGGUAACCACACCUAGACACCACCGGGUUCAUCAGUUGCUGCAUCAGCAAGUUGCACAGUAAGGGUACAGGCAUAAUAGUAAGUCAGAUAUGGGAGUUAAAUAUGUUCCAAAACAGAUUUAAACAGCAAAGUAGCAUGACCAACUUUAAUAAAUCUGUUGCAUUAUUCUAAACUGU